UGCUCAAAAGCUCCGGCUUGCUGACGCUCAGAGUCCUUCGGUUCCUCCAAGAUGUCGGCUGUGUGCUUCUCCUUGAGGAGCGGGUCGGUCCUGGUUCCGGCCCUGAAGCUCGCCCGCGGCGCCCAGACAGCCGCCGCCCCAGCGCAGGCCGCCGCAGCGCGCCUGAAGAGGUUCGCGAUUUACCGCUGGGAUCCCGACAAGCCCGGAGACAAGCCGCGCAUGCAGACCUACGAGGUCGACCUCAACAGCUGUGGCCCCAUGGUCCUGGACGCCCUGAUCAAGAUCAAGAAUGAGCAGGACCCCACGCUGACCUUCCGGCGCUCCUGCAGAGAGGGUAUCUGUGGCUCCUGUGCCAUGAACAUCAAUGGUGGGAACACGCUAGCGUGCACCAACAAGAUCGACGCCAACGCGGCGCGCGUCACCAAGAUCUACCCCCUCCCACACAUGUACGUCGUCAAGGACCUGGUCCCGGACCUCAGCAACUUCUACGCCCAGUACAAGUCCAUCGAGCCCUUCCUGAAGAAGCGGGACGAGUCUCAGCAGGGCAAAGCUCAGUACCUGCAGUCAGUGGAGGACCGGCAGAAACUGCCUGGAGUGGAUCUGAAUGUGGGGCUUGUGUGCUGGUGCUGCUGUACUGGUGUAACUGGUGUCACUGGGCUGGUGUCUUUGACUCGCCAGGCGUACCGCUGGAUGAUCGACUCUCGGGACGACUUCACAGAGGAGCGCCUGUCCAAACUGCAGGACCCCUUCUCCCUGUACCGGUGCCACACCAUCAUGAACUGCACCAAGACCUGCCCCAAGGGCCUGAAUCCUGGGAAGGCGAUAGCAGAGAUAAAAAAAAUGAUGGCGACCUACAAAGAGAAGAAGUCAGCUGUGGCCUGAAGGGGUCGACACAAAUCCACCCCUGGCCCCUAAAUUAUCUUUGAAUUGUACUGACCUGUACACCUUAACCACUCCAGCUGAGCCCAGCAGGGGGCGCCGGAGUGUGCUGUAGAGAAUUGCAUGAUGCUGUACAGAAUGGGAGGUGGGAAUAAACAGUUUCUGAUUAAA